UGACUAGAUCAACUUCUUCUUCGUCAAUGGAUAUGUUUCUCUUUUAUCCAUGUCAAGUCACAUUUGUUCUAUUUAUUUACUUCCUAUGCAAGAAGACUCAUCGAAGCUUGAAUUCUAGUAAUUACUUCCUUGAGAUCGCUCAUAGUUUGCUUUUGGAACAAAUUAUAGCAAACGUUAGUAUCAAGAAUCAAGAUCAUAUAAUCUGAGGAAAUGUCAAAUGUCAAGAGCAUGUGCACGGUAUUAACAAGGUCGAUGCCAGCCAUUGCCUUCUUUGGGAGAAUGGCAUUUGCUUUUGUCUUUCUCAUUUCUGCUAUCCAAGAGUAUGCUGAUCAUUUUGGCGAUGGCGGGCCACUCGAGAAGACGGUAGGACCAGCCGUGAAUGCGAUGACCAAAUACGGUUCUAAGGUUCUCACAUUUUACUCUGGAAUGCAAGUGGUUGUGUUCGAUGUUCGACUUCUUGAAUUCUCACUCAUAAGUGCAAAAGCAACUGCAGCUUUGUGGUUCAUCUUUGGACAAUCCAUCCCAGCAUACUUCUUGCUCGUAACACAAAUGCUCUCAACUGUUGUUCCUUUCCCUACCAACUUGAAUGACUUCACUCAGAACUUGACAUUAAUCGGGGCGUUGCUCUAUUACAUUGGAUUGAAGCAUAGUAUCGACAACCUUGACAAGUCAGAGAAGAACAAGGAUAAAGAGACAGAGGAAGAUGACGAGGCCUCAACUUCCAAAGCAAAAGUAAACUGAACGUAUCAAGUUCACAAACUCAUUUCGCUAGUUAAUUCCCAUUAUGUCUUUUAAUUUCCUAUAUUUGACUUAAUGUAUCAGACGACUAUUUGAGCUUAUGGUUACUAAGAAGAUGAUUAAAUUUUCGAUCCAA